GAAAAAAUUCUUAUGAAAAUCUGAAAAUUAAGAGCAGCUCCACCUUCUCCACCAAAACGACCGGCAGCGUCGCAUCCCUUUUCCGGCGAUGGCUAAUCCACCCGAAACUUCUGAAGAAAACGAAACCCUCUCUCUCCGUACCCUCUGCACCAUGAGGUCCCUCCUCCUCCACCCUUCUACAUCAAAAAGCACCGUCUCCCACAUUCUCCAAACCCUAACCAGCUCCCCACACCCCACUACUCACUCCCUCAAGCUCCUCUCCGACGGCGCUUCUCGCCACCCCGACCUCGCCCCCACCAUGGCUCUUCCCACCGCCGAAUCCUCUCCCCGCCUCGCUGUGGAGGCCAUCGGCGCGUCCCUCUCGGGCCUCCAUCUAGACGACGCGCGCUUCACGUCGCUGUGCUUCGGCGCCUCCGUGCCCGCCCGCGCGUGGAUGCUCCGGAACGCGGGUUCGAGUUUCGAGGUCCGACCUGGCUUGCUGUUGGCGGUGCUGCUGGGGUUCACGAAGGAUCCUUACCCUUACGUUAGAGACGCGGCGCUUGAAGGGCUCGUCCAAUUCAUCGAGCGCGGUGGAGAGUUGAAAGACGUUGGUUUGGUCGAUGCUUGUUACCGACGCGCCGUUCAGUUGCUUCGGGACUUCGAUCCCUGCGUAAGGUACUCUGCGGUUCGCGUGGUGGCUUCAUGGGGUAUGAUGUUGGCAGCUUCUAGCUCAGAGAUGAAAGCCUAUUGGUCCAAUGACGUAUUUGCCAAGCUAUGCUCCAUGGCAAGAGAUAUGAAUAUGAAGGUUAGAGUUGAAGCAUUUAAUGGCCUCAGAAAGAUGGAAAUGGUAUCGGAGGAUCUUCUUUUGCAAAGUUUAGCAAAGAGAGUUUCAGGACGUGGAAAGCAAAAGGAAACCGAGAGUCCGAGCACAUCUGAACAAUGUGUCAUGUUGGCAAGUAGUGUUGCUGGUGCACUAGUUCAUGGACUUGAGGAUGAGUUCUUUGAGGUGAGGAAGUCUGUAUGUGAGUCCUUACACACACUGACAAGUCUAUCUGCUGAGUUUGCACGUGAAGCGUUAGACUCAUUAAUGGAUGUGUUGAAUGAUGAUUCUGCGGUGGUUCGCUUACAAGCUUUAGAAACCAUGCACCAUAUGGCAAUUAAUGGCCGUUUAAAGCUUCAUGAAAAACAUUUGCACAUGUUUCUUGGAGCUCUGGUAGAUGAUAGUUGGGAUGUAAGAUAUACUUAUAGGAAAAUACUUAAAGUAAUGAAGCUAAACAAUCUGGCAUUGUUCAAAUCAUCUGUUGAUAGACUCCUGCGAAAUUUAGACAGUUAUCCACAGGAUGAAGCUGAUGUAUUUUCUACUUUUUCUCAUCUGGGCCGAAAUCACAAGAAAUUUGUAAGGCUGAUUAUGAAGGACACGUUUGAAGAGGUAGAAACGGCUUUGGAAGGAAAUGUAGAAUUUGAUAGUGCAAGGAUAGCUGCACUGUUAAUUCUUUCUAUAUCUGCUCCACUCUUGAAUGCUGAUGUAGGCAGAAUACCACCAGUUAUGUUUUCUUAUGCAGUUACGUUCCUAGGUAGAAUUUAUAAUGCUUUUAGUGAUAUCAUGGAUAGGGAUUCCCUUUUGGCCUGCCUAUGUGAGAAAAGCAGAUCUACAGAGUAUUCUGCAACAAAUAUUAACCUCACGGAAGGGGAGGAACAGUUGCCUUUAUUUGAAGGUGAUAAUGCUCCAAAUUUUUCUAGCAAUGAGGUCACUGGCGCACAUAUCACAAGGGAGCCGAAAGAGUUAGCAGAUAACCAGAUACAACAACAACAAUCUCUGAAUGAUGAAGUUAUAAAUUACAUCCUUGCAAAGCCCCCUGCUAUGUGGCUGAGGAUACAAUCAAGUCAUACAAAUGAAGUGCUAAGGUCCUUAAGGUGAGGAAUUGUUGUGUAACUUUAGUAACAUAGGUGCCUUAGUAUUUGUUGUUGUUUCUUCCAAUAUUUGUAUCGUGUGAGUUGCAUA